GCAGAGGAACCACCUUCAUCCCUCUGAUCAGGAGCCACGGAGUCUGAGGCACUCGCUCUCCCUGCUUCCUACCUGGCUGAGGGAGGGUAGGCUGACGCCUUCUAGAGAACAGAGCUUGUUAAACUUUCAAGGGAGGGCAACGGGAGGGAAAGGAGCAAGGAAGGAAAGACAAGGAGGAGAGAGAAACAAAUGGGGCUUUUUCUAAUCUGUGCUGAUCAAGGAAAACCUGUAGGGGUCCUUAAGGAGGUUUCAAGGCGUUCCGAGUGAUUGGAAAGUAAUCACCGUGUCAGCUUCACCUUUCUCAUGCAAAGUGGAUGUCGUAUGCGAGGCGGAUCCUGCACAGGUUUUGUUGUUUCGGUUUUUUUUAUUUUAUCCUUGGACUCAACCGCCCCCUAAAAACCCCAGCUGCUCCCUGCAGCCCCGGGAGUGUCUGCUGAGGCGGGGGCGGCGGAGCGGGCACAGCCCCCGUGCACACGAGCCAGCCCCGCUCCGCGGAGCGCACACAGACCAUCUACUGCAGACCCAGAGCACAGCCAGGCGAGAAGGGGAGUGGGGCAGAGAUUGUUUCCCACCCCCCUCUUCAGUAGCUUAGAUAUUUCCUCCUCCUCCUUUAUUCUGCACUCGGAUAAACCAAUCUCCACCUCUCGGCAAGAAAGUACGGAACUGCGACCCGUUUUAGGGAGAGGAGAAUCCCUGGCGAAAGCCGCUGCAGCAAAAAGCCGCCUGGGACAUGUGCAAGUUGAAGAGGUGAUCGCCCGGAUCUUCACAGCCCCUAAGUAUCCCGGCGCCGCUCUGCCUGUGCUCCGGGGAGGCAGCAGCGGGAAGGAGGAAGAGAAGGAGGAGGAACGGUGGUGGAAAGACGGAUCGCAGAAGUGGAAGCCCGGGGAAAAGAAAAGUUGCCGGGCUCCCCGCAGUAAGUUGUGCGCAUCUGCGGACAGGGGGUACUUUCUCUUUCGCCGGCCGUUUGCGGCGCUGCUCGCACACCCGCCCCCCAGCGCGCCCGGUGGGGCCAGUGCGGAGCGGCGCGGCCCGGGCUAUGCUGAGCCCUGCACCACCAGCCCCCGCCGCCCGGCUCUCUCCCCAGCAUCGGGGGCGAUGCUGGCCCUGGCAGGAGACGUGCGGCCGCUGAAGUGACUCCCGCCGCUCCCCUCCCCGCACGGCCCCGGCGGGAGGCGGGCAGGGAGGGAGGGAAGGGGGGAGCCGCGCUCCGGCCGCACGCCUGGGGCUGCCUGCGCCGCUACGGCCGCCGCGAUGGGGCCGACGGUGAGGAACUUGGUCAGCAGUCUGCUGGUGCUCUGCUGGCUGACCUGCUCCUGCAGCGGGAUAAGCUCCAUAGACGUUGACCGGCCCGGUGACGGGAGGUGCCAGCCGAUAGAAAUCCCCAUGUGCAAGGAUAUAGGGUACAACAUGACGAGGAUGCCGAACCUCAUGGGACAUGAGAACCAAAGGGAAGCUGCCAUUCAGCUGCAUGAGUUUGCCCCCUUGGUGGAGUAUGGGUGCCACAGCCAUCUGAAAUUUUUCCUUUGCUCCCUCUAUGCUCCGAUGUGCACAGAGCAGGUUUCUACGCCGAUCCCAGCCUGCAGGGUUAUGUGUGAGCAGGCCAGGCUGAAGUGCUCUCCUAUUAUGGAACAGUUCAAUUUUAAAUGGCCAGACUCCUUAGACUGCAGCAAACUGCCCAACAAGAACGACCCCAAUUACCUGUGCAUGGAAGCCCCCAACAAUGGAUCAGAUGAGCCGCCCAGAGGAUCCAGCAUGCUGCCACCCAUGUUUCGUCCACAGCGGCCCAGCGGUGGCCACGAUCUGCAGCAACAUAAGGACAGCCUCAGCAGAGCCUCCUGUGAAAAUCCUGGCAAGUUCCACCAUGUGGAAAAGAGUGCUUCCUGCGCACCGCUCUGCACUCCAGGGGUUGAUGUUUACUGGAGCAAGGAUGACAAACAGUUUGCUGUCAUUUGGAUUGCCAUCUGGUCCAUUCUGUGCUUCUUCUCCAGUGCGUUUACUGUACUCACAUUUCUGAUAGAUCCUCAGCGUUUCAAAUACCCCGAGAGGCCCAUUAUCUUCCUCUCAAUGUGCUACUGUGUCUACUCAGUGGGGUACAUUAUUCGCCUCUUUUCAGGUGCUGAAAGUAUUGCCUGUGAUAGGGACAGCGGCCAACUCUAUGUCAUCCAGGAAGGACUGGAGAGUACUGGCUGCACCAUUGUGUUCUUGGUCCUGUAUUACUUUGGUAUGGCAAGUUCCUUGUGGUGGGUGAUCUUGACUUUAACUUGGUUUCUAGCAGCUGGGAAAAAAUGGGGGCACGAAGCAAUUGAAGCAAACAGUAGCUACUUCCAUUUGGCAGCAUGGGCUAUUCCAGCUGUGAAGACCAUAAUGAUCCUAGUUAUGAGAAGGGUGGCUGGAGAUGAGCUGACAGGGUUGUGCUAUGUUGGAAGCAUGGAUGUGAAUGCCUUGACAGGGUUUGUACUCAUUCCUUUGGCUUGUUACCUAAUCAUUGGCACUUCUUUUAUUCUAUCUGGGUUUGUGGCCCUUUUCCAUAUCAGGAGGGUAAUGAAAACAGGUGGAGAAAAUACUGACAAGUUGGAGAAACUUAUGGUCAGGAUCGGUGUCUUCUCAGUCUUGUAUACAGUGCCUGCGACUUGUGUGAUAGCUUGCUACUUUUAUGAAAGACUUAAUAUGGAUUACUGGAAAAUAGUGGCUACUCAACAGAAAUGCAAGAUGAACAAUCAGACAAAAAAUUUAGACUGCAUGAUGAAUAACUCUAUUCCAGCAGUAGAAAUCUUUAUGGUCAAAAUUUUUAUGUUGUUAGUUGUGGGCAUUACUAGUGGGAUGUGGAUCUGGACUUCCAAGACUCUUCAGUCCUGGCAAAAUGUUUGUAGUCGAAGAUUAAAGAAGAGAAGUAGGAGAAAACCUGCAAGCGUUAUUACUAGUGGAAUCUACAAGAAACCUCAGCAUCCACAGAAAACUCACCUUGCAAAAUACGAAUCGACACUGCAGCCACCCACUUGUGUAUGACCAGGCUUUAGAAAAGACUUUGGCCCUACAAACUUAAAAAUGCCCACGGUAGCAGUCGUAAGUUAGAAAAUAAAUGGUGCUUUUUUUCUUUGUCAGAACAGCUUUUUAAUGUCACAAGGCAAAAAAGAAAAAUGCUGAAUUCGGGACCUGGUGAAAAGCUGAAGGUAAAUGUACUUAUGGAAAGGUUUUCAGUGAAAGAAAUGUUGUGAAUUAAAACGCUCCCUUCUGUUACUAAUUUGUAGGUAGGUUCUUCAUCCAGCUCUCAGCUUUAUUGAAAAAACAAACAAACAGACCCCCACACCUUAUUUAACUUUUUUUCCUGUAGCUGAGCUGGGUUUCCUACAGGUUUCUGAGUAACAAGGUAUAGUCAAGUUGUAUGGAGCAAUGAUUUGAUUGUGAAAGUGCCCAAGUGAGCAUUGUCUCUUCAGGAAAGUAAGGUCCCGAGGAGUCCUGUCCUCAGUUUCUGUGCUGUGACAGCCGCUGCAGACUGGCUUGAAAAUAAAAAGAGAGAAAUCCCUUACAACUCAUCUCAGUCUAGUGGGUUUGGAGUGCCUAAAAAUAGGUUCAAUCUAUAAUGCUCACCAAUAUUCUUUUCACUAAAAGAAACUUCCUGCACCAGACACAAACUUUGUGAAUAAGAAUAAUGUGCAAUACAUUUUUUUCCUUACCAUGACAUGAAAAGAGAAACAAGUAUUUUGCUGUACAUAAAGACAACAAAAGAAAUCUCUUAACAAAAGAACUAAGAGGUCUAGUCCUCAGAAACCCUUUAGUGUUACAUUUUGUGGCUUUUUAAUGGAAAUCAAGCCAAUGUUAUACACGUUUGGACUGAUUUGUGCAAAAAAAAAAAAAGGGGGGGUGGGGGGGAAUCAAUUCAAAGAGACCCCAAAGGGCUUAUUGACUCUUUCUAUUGUUAAACAAAUUCUCACUAUGAAUAGAUCAAGAAGCACUAGAUUCUGCAAAGGGAAGCUUUGUAUGGAGUGAUGCUCUUUACUGUGCUGGGGGUGCACAGUUUUCUGCUGUAUAUAUUUGUAAUAUACAAUUAUUUUUCAUGCUCCACUAUUUUAUUAAAAAUAAAAUAUGUUCUUUAGUUUGAUAAUUUUGUGUGUUCUAAACUUUCUCUGACGUGCUUCGUGGUUAAUAAACUUGUCUUUUUUUUUCCCUCGAUUAUUUGCUAAAAGCACCUUUUGAAUAUAACAGUUGUUCUAUUCCUCCAACUGUAAGCAGACAGAACAAUAAUUUACUCCAAAGAAAUUGCAAGUUGGAAUGAAAUAAACGCGGUGAAGUUUCCAUUUCCUGUGAUCCUCUGCAACUGAGAAAACUGAAUGGGAAGAAGCUUUAGUGAUGUAAAAAAGCUGCAGUGAUGUAGAGUAGUACCAUGUUUACAAAGCACCGAGAUUACAACAAUGAUCCGUGGUUAACACCCCUUUAAAAUUUGCAUAGGGUACGUUCAGCAUGUUAAAGAUCGCCGGCUGCUUCAGCACAGUUUGAAUACAAUUCAGUCUCUACUCUUCAGGGAUUUAUCCCUCCCCGCCACCUUCUAUUACUACUGAAAGUAUCACUGUUGUUUGGGAGAAAAAAGAUUUUGAGAGAAAAAGAUAGAGAGAGUAGAGGGGAAAUGUAAAUACAGAACUUGAACACUAGGAAAAUGAUCUGAUACAUUUUAAAUACAUCUUCAGAAAGUUUGUCGUGGAGCAUGGGUAUGUAUGAAUUUGAAGUUUUCCAGGCACUUAACUAACAGGCUGUA